AUGGUGGUCGUGGUGGCGCCCUCCCCCCUCUGCUCCUUCCUGCCCGCGCACCCGUUCGGCCCCGCGCGCCCUCGCCGUCCAAUGAACCCGACCGCCAAACCCCUCUCACUUACCCUCACCAUCCGCUGCGCCGCCACAACCGCGGCGGGGCGGCCGGGACCCCCGCCGCUGCCACCACCGAAGCUGGUCCGCUGCGCUGCUCUCGACCGCCAGGCGGCGCGCGCAAGCCGCCUCCGCUUCGCGCGCAAGCUCCUCACCCUCCUCCUCUCCAAGCCGCGCCAUUUCCUCCCGCUCCGCGUGCUCAACCGCUGCCGCCGCUUCCUCGGCCUCCCGCGCCGCGGCCGCCCGCUCAUCCCCAUGGUCCUCCGCUACCCGGCCCUCUUCCGUCUCUUCCAGGCCCAUACCUCCCUCCCGCUCUCCCCGUCCUUCUCCACCCUCGCGGUCGCGCUCACCCCCGCCGCCGAGGCGCUCGCCGCCGACCUCGCCGCGCUCCGAGCCACCAGCACAGGCGCAGGCGCGCUCGCGGACAAGGUCCACCGCCUCCUCCUUAUGACCCCGCGCCGAAGCAUUCCGGUGAACAGGCUCGUCCACCUCGCCCCCGACCUCGGCCUCGCCAUGGACUUCCGCGCGACGCUUUGCCCCCGCCACCCGGAUCUCUUCAGACUCGUGAACACCUCCCGCGGCCACGCACUCCAGCUCGCCGAUCCCCCGCCAACGCCGCCUCCGCCGCUCCUUUCUCUUCGCCCCGCCGCGACGCCCGACCGCCUCAUGGACCGACCGCGGAGGUUUCCGCACCUCCCGCUCCGCCGCGGGCUUAACCUCCGCCGCGCGCACAGGGACUACCUCCUGCGGUUCCAUAGCCUUCCCGAGGUGUCCCCGUUCGAGUCGCUGGAUGAGGGCGCUAGUCUGGAGAUGUUGGAGCGGCGGGCGUGUGCCGUGGUGCGGGAGGUGCUGGCCAUGACGGUGGAGAAGCGGACGCUGGUGGAUCACCUCACGCACUUCAGGAAAGACUUUGGGUUGCCAAACCGGCUGCGCGCCAUGCUGGUGCGACAUCCAGAGCUGUUCUAUGUCAGUGUGAAGGGGGUGCGGCACUCGGUGUUCCUUGUGGAGGCGUUUGAUGAUGAUGGGAGGCUCCUAGUGGAGGAUGAGAUGCUGGUUGGGAGGGAUAGACUGGAGGAGCUUGUUCGGGAGGGAAAGCGGAUGAGGCGUGCUCGGAAGAAAGGCGUUCUCACGUUUGAUGGUGACAGUGAUGAGGAUGAAGAUGAUGAGGCAGCAGAAAUGGAAGGUUCAUUAGAGGUGGAUGAUGAGUUUGGGGACUUGUUUGAGGAUGGUGUCAUUGGGGAGGAUUGGGAGGAGGUAGGUGGAGGUGGAAGUGAGGCAUAUGAAGAGUACGAUGCUGAAUCGGGUGAGAUGGAGGAGUUUUGGGUCAAGAAGGCUGUGGCUCAAGGACUGGUUGACGAUGGUAAUGAGCAGGAUGUUUGGAAGUUAACGAAGAUUGAGAAUUCCUCAAGUGUGCUUUCUCGGCAAUGCACAAAAACCAGUAAGCAUCAGUACAUAUCCGGGUAUCUUGGACCUCUUGGUCCCAUUUGCUGCCUGUCUGUUGCUACUUGCAAGGAGGCAUGCUCUCUUCUUCCCAAGAUCUCUAGCAAGGAAACACAUCCAAAGAUAGCACAAGUUCUUCUGGAACGUCACAAACCUGAUAUGACACUUCUUGUGCUAAAGUGUGCAGGGCGUGAUAGCUUCUCUGCUACAGAAAACUUUGAAAAAGAUGGCGUUUCAUCUCUUAGCGAGGCAGUGACUGCGCGGUCUGUGUUAGAAUUGAAUGUGCCCUCCUAA